AUGUUAGCAACCAUCCAGCAGCCAUUUGAGUGUUUUGCUGCUAUCUCACACACAGAAUCGUGUCUAAUUGUAAAGUUUUGUGUUUUAUUAUUACUGCUGUAAACAUGACCUCUAAUAACCCGUCAGUUUUUCUUCUCCUGGUUAAUGGACAAAUCGAAACAGCCAGUUUUCCAGAAUACGAUGACUUAUAUUGCAAGUAUUGUUUUGUAUAUGGACAAGACUGGGCUCCAACAGCAGGACUAGAAGAGGGAAUUUCUCAAAUAACAUCGAAAGGAAGAGAUUCAUCUCAGAUCCUGGUGUGGAACUUUCCUCUGGAUAUUACUUUCAAAAGCACCAACCCCUUUGGCUGGCCUCAGGUCGUGGUGAGCGUAUAUGGACCAGAUACAUUCGGAAACGACGUGGUCCGGGGUUACGGAGCUGUGCACGUCCCUUUUACACCUGGAACACACACAAGGACAAUCCCAAUGUUUGUUCCUGAGUCCACGUCGAGGCUGCAGAGAUUCACAAGCUGGUUGAUGGGAAGGCGUCCCGAGUUCACGGAUCCUAAGGUCGUGGCUCAGGGAGAGGGAAGAGAAGUAACCAGGGUGCGCUCUCAAGGCUUCGUCACCAUCCAGUUUAACAUCGUUACCAAGGACAUGAAGAAGCUGGGAUACGACGUCACACCCACAGAGCAAACACCCGCCCCACGUCUGACAGGAACCUGACGACACCACAGCUGUUAAACGUGGUUUCAGAAAUCUACAGAUAUCACGUUUUUAACCACUGGACAGUUUUUUAUGAUGUAAUAAGCAAUGCAUUUAUUUAACCUACACAACCAUGACAUUAUACAUACACAUUUAUAUAUUUGUAAUAAACUUCUCAAGCCGUU